AUGGAUUGGGACGAGGAUAUCAAUAUUGCAACACGCGACCGCGAAUAUUCUUCUUCUUCGGCUGGCUCUUUAGCAUCAGUCAAAACGUCAGGUACUUUCGGAAAUGUGGUGCGAGAAAAGCCUCGAGAGCUGCGCGCAUCAUACGAUUCGACAUUUUCAGCAUCGCCGACGUGGUCGGGUGCUUCAUCACAACUCUCCAGCCCGGUGCUUAGUCGCGAAGAGAGACUUAAGACUAGCUAUUACGAUAUCGAUGAUGACUGCAAUUCUUCUUCAGACUUAGAUUUCUCAGAGGACGAGCACGCCGACCCAUCGGAUGCCUCUAUUGAAGCAAUAGCUCGAUCAUAUUUACGCACUGCUCCGGCCACAGAUGGCGCUGUUGGAAUACGGAAAGUUGUCCUCGACAUUUUCGAGUUGGUUCAAUCUCAGAAUUCUCAUCUCUUCGACCGAGAAGAGAACCAUGUACCAUCAACCUGUGUGCCCCUAGAUAUGGAAAUAGAAAUAUGUACAGCACUGUUGUUGCAUUCCUCGCCAUCCAGCAAUCUGGAGAAGUAUUGCGAAGAUCAUCUUGUAAGAAUCGCUUCUGGAAAAGGGAGCAUUAUGAGCUCGGGCACUACCGAGUCUCAUUUUGACGUCUGGCUCGAAGAUGAGAACAGCCAUCUGGUUUAUGGGUGGCAAAUCCAUGCCCAGAUAUACCGAUUAAUGGCGCUCCGAGAUACUCUACAAAUUUAUCUUGAAUCUACAAGCAAAGCACUAGAUGGAGCAUCAUUGAGUGUUGCGAGUGCUGUCCAAAGGAGAGAAGAAUUCUUAAACGACGUUCUUAAAAUACCGGUGGAGGUACUGCUCAAAGUUGAAAUUGUAAGAAAUAUACUCAGACCUGUGGAGAUUGGAUGA